CUGGCGCUGUACCUGGCCGAGGUGGAGAAGCAGGACAAGUACCUGCGGCAGAAGGGCCGGUUCCGCUUCCACAUCAUCCCCGACGGGAACUGCUUGUACCGCGCAGUCUGCAGGGCGGUGUACGGGGACCAGCGGCUGCACGGCGAGCUCCGCGAGCAGAACGUGCACUACAUCGCCGACCACCUGGACCACUUCAACCCCAUCAUCGAGGGCGAUGUGGGAGAGUUCCUCAUCGGCGCCGCCCAGGACGGGGCCUGGGCCGGCUACCCGGAGCUGCUGGCCAUGGGGCAAAUGCUGAACGUGAACAUCCAUCUCACCACGGGCGGACGGCCUGAGAGCCCCACCGUUUCCACCAUGGUUCACUACCUGGGGCCCGAGGACCCGACGCGGCCCAGCAUCUGGCUGAGCUGGCUUAGCAACGGGCACUACGAUGCCGUGCUGGACCGUGUGUGCCCCAACCCGGAGUACGAGGCGUGGUGCAGACAGACUCAGGUACAGCGCAGGCGGGAUGAGGAGCUGGCCAAGUCCAUGGCGGUGUCCUUGUCCAAGAUGUACAUUGAACAGAACGCCUGCUCUUGAGAGCGCCAGGGUCGCAGGCGGGGAGCUUUGCUGCAGAGACUGAGACAGAAGGUGUGCUGGCUGUGAUGGUGAUGCCUUAAUCCUUAAUGAAGCAGCAGCACCCCAGACUGAGGAGGACUGUAGAUGGUGGGGGAUAAAUACAAGCGUGUGUGUAAUAGUCUAUUGUAAAAAUUUAGCCUCGGAUUAUUUGCAAGCAGAUUCUCCUUGUGGUUUUUGUUUCCCCUCCCCUCUGUCUUUCUCUUUUCUAUAAGAAUGUAUUUUUUGCACAAUAUUU